AUGUCGCAAUUAGGGAGUGUUCCUGUGGGUUUCCGUCUGCUGGUAAGGACGAUACCGUUGGAAAAAUAUCACCGGCGGCUUGGACAACAUCUACAGGAGCAGCAACUUUCGAUUUUCAGAACAGCAACUACCAAUGAUUCAGCACUUCAACAACGUCCAAAUGGUCACGCUAAGACAUUAUAUUUUAUUUCAGAUGGCCAAUUACUGCGGGGAGGGACUGAGUAG